AUGUUGUGUACAGUAUUUUGUAAUCAGAUUUUAUCUUAUCUCCUUCCCGUCGAAGUGAAAUUUCAAUGGCGCACCACCACGACCACCACCAUGGACAUGGGCACCAUCAUCCCGACGACUCUGCUGCAGACUUCGCUGAGGCAAACAAGGAGCAUUUCACCAGCCAGGUCGCGGAUUUCGACAAGCCUAUGUACACGGAGCUCGCUCAAAAGCAAGGCGACAACUCUCAUGCGCGAGCACUACGCAUUCGACAAGAAUGCGACUACGUUGAUGGACUUUGCGUGUGGCGCAGGCCACAUCUCGAGGGGAUUGAAUCCUUACGCAAAAUACAUCGUGGGGGUGGAUAUCACGCAAGCCGCGAUCGACAUGUACAACGAACGCGCCGCAGAAAAGGGGGUCCCGCCAGAGGAAAUGCGGGGCGUGUGCGCCGAUCUCAAAGGGGACGAGAGUGAACUCGAUGGACUCAAAUUCGACGUCAUAGCCUGUUCCAUGUCUUACCACCACUUCGGGUCCAUCGAGGACAUCACAAAAAUGCUCGCGUUCUUCCUGAAGCCAGGCGGCGCGCUCCUCGUCGUGGACAUCUUGCACAUUCCCGGAAGCGACGGCGAGAACAAGUCCAUGGUCCCAGAGAAAUAUCACCACGUCGUUGCGCAUACCUCCGGAUUCAAGGAGAGGAUCCGGGCUGUGUUUGAGGGCGCUGGGUUGACCAUGACCAAGUUCGUUUCGGAUGCAGUGGUCGACUUCGAGCUCACGCAUUCGGGGGUCGUCACUUUGUUCUUCACGAAGGCGGUCAAACCAUCUUCCUGA